AUGUUCAGCUUCCAUUCUAUUCCAGCAAUAUCUUGCACACAAAGUGCGCAAAUUAUUCGAAGUUUGUUUCCCACACUUCCAACGGAGACAACAAGUACCCUCUUAGCGUUUUCAGAUAAACUGCAGAGCGCAUUGAAAGAACAAUCCAAUCGUGAAUACCUCGCGCUUUCGUUGUCGACCCGACAAAUCCUUCGAAUUUGCCGUCGACUCAAUGCAUUUCCAGAGCAGUCCCAACAAGAUCUGCGGCCGUUGGUGCAUGAUGCACUACUAACGCAAUUCUUGUCGAGAACAUGCAAACAACUUGUCGAUUCAUUGUUUAACAAGUGCAAAGCACCGAACCCGACGACUUCCAUUCAACACCUAAAUUUGCAUUCGGAAACAAUUCGUGUUGAAGGAGGCCACUUGUAUAUUGACAACGUCUUGUAUCCAGUUCAAACCCCAAAAAAUCCAGAACUGGUGCCUCAGCCACAUUAUUUUGACAUUCCCAAACACACACGCUGUAUGAAACAUAUGCUCCAGGAUGUUGUAGCGGGUCAAAAACAUUUACUGCUGAUUGGAAACCAGGGAGUGGGGAAAAAUAAACUAGCAGAUCGAUUAUUACAGCUGCUUCAGCAAGAGCGGGAGUACAUUCAAUUGCAUCGUGAUACAACUGUGCAGACACUAACGUUAAUCCCGACGCUAUUAGACGGUCGAAUUGUUUGGGAAGAUUCACCACUUGUUCGGGCUGCAAAGGCAGGUCGGACAUUAAUUGUCGAUGAGGCUGACAAAGCGCCACUUGAGGUGGUUUGCGUCUUAAAAGGUCUCAUCGAAGAUGGCGAAAUGCUUUUGGGAAAUGGCAAGCGUCUCAUCGAUCCAACAAAAACAGCUAUUGAUAAGUGGCACGACAAGGACAGGAUCAUUACAUUGCAUCCAAACUUUCGUAUGUGGGUACUCGCAAACCGCCCCGGGUUUCCAUUCCUUGGUAACAACUUCUUUCGCGAAAUUGGGGAUAUCUUUGCUACUCACGCGAUUGAAAACCCUGAUGAAGAGUCCGAGCUGGCAUUGCUGACAGCGUACGCGCCAAGUGUUUCAACUGAUAUUCUGCGUCGACUUUGUAAAGCCUUUGCAGAACUUCGUGAAUUGGUGGAAACUGGUUCGAUCACAUAUCCGUACUCAACGCGAGAGGCGGUUGCAGUUGCCAAACAUCUUGAGCGAUUUCCGAAUGACGGAGUCCCAUCAGUUUUGGAAAAUGUUCUUGCGUUUGAUGCUUAUGAUCGCAAUGUUCGCAAGCAGUUGUCAGAGCUUUUUGUAAGAAAUGGUAUUCCUUUGUCUCCCACGGGCGAAGUAAUGACUUUUUCAAUGAACAUUGCCAAAACGCGGACUAUUCCUAAGCUCAUAUCCACCGAAUCAUGGCGAUGGGUGCCUGAAGAAUGUGUACAGUCCGACACAUUCGUCAAGAAAUCUCAAAUUUACCAUUCGUCUCUAGAUCGGCAGCAAAUUUGGGUAGACCCACCAACAACGCGUACAUUUUCAGUGGAUCACCACCGUUUGCACCAAUUUACCGAACAAGUAGCCUCAUUCCAAGUUCCUAUUAAAGAAAAUAAGCAACAAGUUUACGCGAUGGCUGUCUUUCCAGAUAAUUCAAUUCACGUUUUAACGACUCAACCAAUGAGCAUACACUCUUUUUCCAACUUUGAGGGAGAAGAAAGAAAACACAUCAUCUUGGAGCUAGAAAACGAAUACGUGCGAUGGGAAACCAACCCAAUAUUUGUCAGCCUACCUAAGAAACGACAAGUUGCAAUUUUCAUGCCAAGUACAGGGGUCACAAUUGUCAUGAAUCCAUUGAAAGUCUCGGAUGGGCGAAUCACUUGCCUCACUCUCCCAAAUGGUGCGCUCGAUGGACGUCUGAAUUUUGAUGCUAGCGUAUCGCAUAGUAUAAAAAGCCCCUUUACAAAGUGGUUUGGUGGCAAAAAAAGUGGGUCGUGGCGCACUCUCGCCGAUGGUUUGAAUGCGGGAAUACUACUUCGCUUUAUACAAGAAGGAUCGCUUUUCCAGCUUAUUGAUUUAAAUUCCAGCAAGAUUUUGUCGAUCGAUCUGGCCACAACCAGCUCUUCGUUAAAGAUGCCAAUUUCUGAAAUUUUGAGUGUACAACCUGUUGGUAAACAUGAAUGGCUCGUGCGAACAAGAGACGACAAGUUCGUGUACAAAUUUACGCAUAAUUUUAGCACAAACGAAUUUACCUUGGAAUUGGCAGCGAUAAGCUAUACCAACGUUGCUUCCGUGAGCUCAAGCCAGUCAAUAAUUCCCGGACAACGAGACAUGGCAAAUAAAGCAAGGUUUAUGGUACACCCGCACGCUUUUCUGCAGACAAUCGACAUAAAUGGAAAUGACAUUCAUGUUCACAGUGCCCUUCGGGAAAACUUGGACCAUAAAGACGUGUCUCGAAAUCUCCAGCAAGCUUGGCAAAACGAAUCUUGCAUUGUCAAUUCAAGUUCCGGCGACGUUGUCGAUCUGGAAGUGACGUUUCCAGAGCUUCGAUUAACAAAAACGAUCGUCGUUCCCAAUGACAGUCACAGAUUAGAAACCACAACUGAUUCUCGUGUACCGCGUGUUGUCGGAAUAGCCGAUUCACAUGAUGGUAGCUAUACAAUAACCCUUCAAGAAGACGGUACUGUGCGUGUAUGGCAAUUGAAUCCAGAAAUACUUGACCGUGAAGCUCAGUUGUGGCGGCAAAUGUUCGGCAAUGAAAGUGAUCUCGAAUCUCAUGGUUCAAUUGAGAUAAAGCUUAAUGGCUCAAAUGUCGGUGGAUCGUCGAUCCCAAAGACGGGUCUGAACGUUCCAAAACAUGGCAAAGAAGACCCGAAAAACGAUCCACAUGUUGGUGGCAAUACUUGGGCUGGUGGAAGUGGCGGUGGUGGCAAGCAGUACAUGACGCUGACCGAGCUUAAAGAUGCCAUCCUGAAGGCAUGGGAGAAUUUGGACAUGUCACGGUUUCAAAACUUGGUAAAAUCAAUGCCUGAUCGCAUUGGAGAUGUCAUCGAAGACAAAGGUAAGAAGACAAAGCAUUAA